GAAAAUCGAGUGCAGUUCGAGGGGAUUUUUUUUUGGUUAUUGUUUUCAUUUUCUACAUGAGAUCUAUUUGGUUUUCCUCUAAUAAUUUCACAAAUGCAAAAUCCUAAGUCUUUCUUGGAUCACUUCAUGAAUGCUUCUUUUAAGUGAGGUCUCUGUGUCGAAAUCUCGUGGGUGAAUUAGAGGUUCUGGUUCGUUUCCCUUUUCUCGUGGUAUGGAUCUUCUUUGUGUUCAUAACCUCUGGAAUAUCACUCUGACAGUCUGACUUCAACGUUUGACUGGUUUCCAAACAUUUUAAGAUGGCAUAUUACCAUUUGGUUGCCUUUCUUGUGGCGCUUUCUUGUUUCCUUGGAGUACUCAAUGCUAGUGCUGGUGAUGUUGAUCCACAAUACAGGACUUGUGUGGAUCAGUGCAAGAAGUCUGGAUGCAUUGGAGAUGCAUGUUUUGCAAGUUGUAAUUCCUCUUCUGGUGGUAUCUCCAUCACUGGUCAAUGGAGCAUGAAAGAACCACUUUACCUGCGUUGGAAACAAUGGGAUUGUCAAAGCGACUGUAGAUAUCACUGCAUGGUUGAGAGAGAGAAAGAACGAGAAGUACUUGGUGCAAGACCUGUUAAAUAUCAUGGAAAGUGGCCCUUCAGGCGUAUUUUUGGGAUUCAGGAGCCUGUUUCAGUUGUAUUCUCUUUCUUCAAUCUUGCUAUGCAUUUUCAUGGCUGGUUAUCCUUUCUCAUCCUUCUGUACUACAAGUUGCCUCUAAGGUCUCAAAGUAGGAAGACCUAUUAUGAGUACACCGGCUUGUGGCAUAUUUAUGGGUUCUUGGCAAUGAACUCGUGGUUUUGGAGUGCUGUUUUUCAUAGUCGUGAUGUAGAUCUAACAGAGAAGCUAGACUACUCAUCUGCUGUGGCAUUACUUGGAUAUACUCUUAUUCUGGCCAUACUACGGACUUUCAAUGUGAGGGCUGAGGCUGCUAGAGUCAUGGUUUCUGCUCCAUUGAUUGCAUUUGUGACAACCCAUAUAUUAUAUCUCAAUUUCUACAAGCUUGACUAUGGAUUAAACAUGAAAGUGUGUGUUUCUAUGGGUGUAGUUCAGCUUCUCCUGUGGGCUGUUUGGGCUGGUCUCACUCACCAUCCUUCACGUUGGAAGUUAUGGGUGGUUGUUGUAGGAGGUGGUCUUGCUAUGCUUUUGGAGAUCUAUGAUUUUCCUCCAUACAAGGGAUUUGUUGAUGCUCAUGCUCUAUGGCAUGCCACUACCAUCCCCCUUACCAAUCUGUGGUGGAGCUUCAUCAAGGAUGACGCCAAGUUUAGGACUAUGAACCUUGUCAAGAAGGUAAGAUAACUAAUAUUGUUAUGGCUUUGUAGGUUUCUGCUGGUCAACUGUUUCUAGAGGGAAUGCCAAAGAAGGUAAAGCAAAGUAUAUUUUUCCAAACGAAAACAAAAGAGCAAGAUAUCGAUACCAUCAUACUGAUGUUGACUCGACCACUCAACUUAAUUGGUAGUGUGGAUUUCUUUGUGCUUUGGAAGUUGGAACAUUGAGGCUAUUGUUUUUGAUUACGAUGAUUUGGGUGUUGGGAUACUGAUACAUCAUUAUCAUGCAUGUUGAAUUAGUUUUCUUUACUCCCUUUGUUUGUAAGUGCAAAUCUAAAGGUAUUCAAAAUAUUCACCAGUUUCAGAUUUGUAUGUCUUUGCAACGAUGGUUUUGAAUACCUUUGUUUGGUCUCAUUUGCACUUUAAUGGCAAUGCAAAUUUUGCAUC